GCGCGGGAGCGCGGCCGCUGAGGCGGAGGCGGGGCAGCUCGCCAUCUCUUCCGACCACCUGCCUCCAAAAGUCCUGUCACCCAGGCAGACAAGCCAGGCCGUGCUGCGGCCUCGCCGCGCCUCUAUCCCCACCCUCUCGCGAGGAAUCCAGCUUGGCGUCUAACAUGGCGGGUGGGCCUUGCUGCGGCCCGCUGCUGACGGCACUCCUGGCCGCCUGGCUCAUGGCGGCGGCGGCGACCGAGGGCCAGGAACAGGCCGCGCUGCCGGCGGAGCAGAGCCGGGUGCAGCCCAUGACCGCCUCCAACUGGACGCUGGUGAUGGAGGGCGAGUGGAUGCUGAAAUUUUAUGCCCCAUGGUGUCCAUCUUGCCAGCAGACUGAUUCUGAAUGGGAAACUUUUGCAAAGAAUGGUGAAACACUUCAAAUUAGUGUGGGGAAGAUAGAUGUCAUUCAAGAACCAGGUUUGAGUGGCCGUUUCUUUGUCACCACUCUCCCAGCAUUUUUUCAUGCAAAAGAUGGGAUAUUCCGCCGUUACCGUGGCCCAGGAAUCUUUGAAGACCUACAGAAUUACAUCUUAGAGAAGAAAUGGCAAUCUGUUGAGCCUCUGACUGGCUGGAAAUCCCCAGCUUCUCUAACGAUGUCUGGAAUGGCUGGUCUUUUUAGCAUCUCUGGCAAGAUUUGGCAUCUUCACAACUAUUUCACAGUGACCCUCGGAAUUCCUGCUUGGUGUUCUUAUGUCUUUUUUGUCAUUGCCACUUUGGUUUUUGGCCUCUUCAUGGGUCUGAUCUUGGUGAUAAUAUCAGAAUGUUUCUGUGUGCCACUUCCAAGAAAUUUAUCUGAACAUUCUGAGCAGGAUCAGAGGUCAAAGGAGACUCAUGGGACUGAACAGCUGCAGGAAGCAGAGGAGGAAAAAGAUGACUCUAAUGAAGAAGAAAAUAAGGACAGCCUUGUGGAUGACGAAGAAGAGAAAGAAGACUUUGGAGAUGAGGACGAAGCAGAGGAGGAAGAGGAAGAGGACAGCCCAGUAGGUGGUGUGGAUGAGGAGAGGAGUAAUGCCAGUGACCAGGGGCUCCUGAAGGGAGACAAUGUACCCAAGGAGGAAGCUGAACCUGAAGAACCUGGAGAUGUCCUUGAGAAGCCCCAUUCUGAUGACACAGGGGUGGCAGAAGACUCAUUGAGGCAGCGCAAGAGUCAGCAUGCCAAUAAGGGAUCAUAGGUUUAAUAACACUGUUUCCAGCCAUAUAGACCAAAA